AUGAAACCACCAGGGAUGUACACAGCGGUCAUCAGAAGCUGGGAGACAUCAAGACAAGUCGAGAACAAUGAGUAUCCAAUCACAGUGAAUCCAUUCGUACCUGAAAUUCUGAAGAAUACAGUCCAUCGCAAGCUCAUAACAUCAGGAAAUGAAACUGUUCUAUCAUUCAUCUAUGCUCCAGAAGGAUCAAAACUAGUGACGGAAACUAGUCUGGAAAUGAUUCGAGGUGUAUGUUUAUCCUGGUUCAAAAAUGAUACCAAUAUUCAAAAAGAGUUUGGAUUGCCGUUACCAAGAAAUCUCAUCGCAGUUUCAAUGUCAGAGAAAAACUUCAGCAUUGGCGGAUAUUGUCAGGAGUUUUCGCCAUCCGGACAACUUGAAAUCCCUGAUAACGACAGUUUCAGUUAUCAGAAACUUUCUCAAAAUGUCCAGGCCACCUAUUACACCGAAGGUGGAGUUCGGUACCUCGCCGGCAUCUGCUACUAUCCAGUCAUCAAUGGAAAAUACGAAGAUCUACUGAAUGAUCAAGCAGUAAUCGUUGAAGCUGACAUGAAAGCUGAACCGUAUCCGUUACAAAACAGAAAAGUGUCCUCCAACAUGAUCGACAAUAAAAAGUAUGGACGGGACUGCAAAACAGCUGGAAAGCGAGUGGUCGUUGAGUGCAGUGGAGAAAACGACACUAUCCGAAGACACUGGGAAUGGGAUAUCAAUUCAAGAAUGUAUGUUUCGACGAAGUGUGAAGAAUGCCUUAUUGAUGGAUUCACUUACAAAUGGAUAGAUCAGAAAGAAGAUGACACCACUUCAACAAACGUUGCAAUCGAUACUCCCGAAUCGAAUCUUCUCUCUCAUUGA